AUGGACAAAUACUCACACAAGAGCAUCCUUUCGCUCCCCGACGAGCUCCUCGUCGAGAUCUUCAGCGCAGUCAAGACCCACAACCCGAACAAUAAGGCACAGCACGCAUCUUUUGCCAGCUCAUCAGCAGACAUCGCCAAUGUGAGACUGGUGUGCAGACGGUUCGAGGCCUGCAGCUCCCACCUGCUAGUGCACUACAUCAAGGUCGACGGGAUCAACUCCGAGUCCCUCGACAAGCUGGAAGCCAUUUCCAUGCAUCCAGUGAUUCGCAAUGGGGUGCACAUUGUCAGGCUUGUCACUCAAUUUUACAGUUCCGUCUACGCAAAUGACAUCCGCCGGUUCGCCUGUCAUGCAGUGAGCCGAGUGUUUGGCCAAGCCCUGCGCUUCAAGCAGGACCUCGAAGCUGCUGAAGACGAGGAAGCGGAUGCAGAAGGGGCCAUGGAGAGGCGAGAAGAGGCUGCGGUGGCGCUGGCAAAGGUCAAGGCCAUCCUCAAGACGUGGGGUCGAGUCAGCCUCGAGGGGAUAGAGCACGCCACCGGGCCCUGGAGCAUCGACCCGGAAAAGUCCAGCCAGGAUUGUAUGGCACUGUGUCGCAGGAACUCUGGGGAGGACGAGAACGAUGAGGCUGCACGACACCUUCAGCUCUUGCACGUUGCCCAUCAGCUCUACCGGCUGCGUUAUCAAGACCAGGAACGACUUCGACAAGGUGAUACGUUUACCCGGAGAUUUUCAGCUGCCAUGGCUCGGAUGCCAAAGGCCAAGGGGAUCGAGUUCCACGACUUCGGGGUGCAGCAGUCGCGUACCAGCUUUCAAGAAGAACCCGAGGACAACCAAAGCAGGGUUCGCUUCGCCGGGACCGACGAAUAUGCUGGCCUCAUGGACAUUGACUCACUUGUACUUCCCGUGUCUUGGGGCGAGGCGCUAGACCGGUCACUCGGCGAUCCUCCAGUCGAAGUCCUCUUCGGGAUUCCCACUGCGAUAGACAAAGCCGGGGCCCGACUUGACAGGAUAUCGGUGCAGACCAGCACAAAUGCAGAGCAGUAUUAUCCGUUAUUCAACAAGGUCGAGAUGAGCAAGUUCGUCGAGCUGCGAACGGCAAUCAACAGGAUGAGCCUGAGGAGCUUCAUAUUCUUGCACCAGGACGAGAUGAAGCCGCGCGCCCGGCAGAGCGCGUCCUCGGAGGAGACAGGCGCUUUCUACAGCUUCAUCUCGGCCGUGACGAACAGCAAUGGCCUGGAAAGAUUCUGGCUGCGCCUUGACGGCGGCUGGUCUGACGGCGGGCUCGAUGCCGACCGCCCGUCGGGUAUUGGGCCACUCCUGCUUCGUGGGGCUGAGUCACCAGAGCGGUGGGGACAGGCGGGUUGGGGGAACCUCCGCGACAUGCACCUGUCCAACGUGGCGCUGCACCUGUCGGACCUGUCGCGCCUGGGUGCACAGCUCAAGGAGUCCGGGGCGAGGCUCGAGUUCCUCACGGUGCAGCGAGCCCGUCUGCUCAGCGGCACGUGGUCCCUGGCCCUCGAAGUGCUCCGGGGUGUGGAGGUUGAGUAUGAGAAGCAACUAGUUGAGCCGAGCGGGGCGGAAUGCGAGGACCUGGCGAGGGCGAGUGGUGGGCGAUAUGACACUGUGUUUGGAAGUGACAAGACGAGAAGCAUGGCUGACGACUUUAUCAACGGAAAGACGGAGAACAACCCCCUCCAUGAGAGUGACGCUGUUGAGGAUCUCUCUUCGGUCGAUGGCGAGGACGUCGUCGUGGAGGUCACCGUCGGGGGUGAGGGUGAAGAUUUUCCGUACGCCGGGGGAAUUGAGAAUGAGGCAGCGUCGCACAUCACAUGGCAGAUGGCCGUUUGA